AUGGCGACUCUUUCAAUUAGUGGUCUUCAGUCUUCGCUCGAGAAGCUCAGCCUCGAUACUCCUCUUCCCUCUUUCCCCGUUGCCGAGGUGCUGGUACGCCCGCUUGAUAUCUUCCGAUCUUACAUAGCCCAGAUUGUGGCUGAGAUUGCAGAAUGCGACCCUGCGGUUGCAUACGAGGCCAUUCAGUCAACGGCUGCCAUCUCUAUGGGCGACCUUGCUGUCAUCCUCCCUCGUCUCAAGAUCAAGGGCAAAGGAGAUGCUGCAGCUGAGCUACUUGCAAAGUUUCCUAACUCGCCGCUUUACACCUUCCCUUUCGUCGACGGGGUCCACAUCCGCAUCUUCUCUCACCCGUUUUUCCUCCCAAGACUCAUAAUACCUUUCAUUGCCGAUCGUAAAGAGCUAUAUGGUGCAGACGAUUCUCAUGGUCUAAAAGACACUGCAUCCCCAGACCUUGGACGCAAGAAGGUUGUCGUCGAAUUCUCCUCGCCCAACAUCGCAGCCGAAUUCGAAGGCAGACACCUUCGCAGCACCAUUAAUGGCGCCUCGAUCGCCAAUCUUCACGAGAGCAUGGGAUGGGACGUCGUCAGACUGAACUUCCUUGGCGACUGGGGCAAAAACAUUGCCCUUCUUGCCGUUGGUUGGAAUAAGUUUGGGUCUGAGGAGGAGUUUAGCAAAGAUCCUAUCCGCCAUCUCCUUGACAUCCAUAAUCAGAUCAACGAACUAUUCAAGCCGGAGCAAGAGGCGAGCCUUAAGGCCAAAGACGAGGGGAGAAACACAGCAGAGAUUGAGUCUCAGGGAAUUUACGCGGAGCGUGACGCCUUCUUCAAGUGCAUGGAGGAGGGUGACGCCGAUGCAGUGGCCCUCACAACGAGGUUCCGCGACGUCUAUGUCGAAGAUUACACAAAGGCAUAUGCCCGUCUCGGCAUCAAGUUUGACGAAUAUACUGGCGAGUCCCAAGUUACCUCAGAGUCCAUCGCAGAGGUCGAGUCUCUGCUCAAAGACAAAGGAAUCUCGGAAGAAAGCGACGGGUCUUGGCUGAUCGAUUUCAAGAAGCACGGCGCCAAGGGUCUCGGCACGGGCAUGAUUCGAAAUCGCACCGGCACUACCAUGUACUUCUCCCGAGAUCUCGCUGCAAUUAUAGAUCGAGAGAAGAAGUACGCUUUCGACAAGAUGAUCUACGUCGUCAACGCCGAGCAGGAUUCUCACUUUCGCGGUGUGAUCAAAGCACUCGAGCUGAUGGGGCGCGACGACCUGGCCAAGAAGAUUCAGCAUGUCAACUUUGGCAAAGUCCAAGGCCUGUCGUCUCAGCUUGGAAACGCGCAUCUUUUGGGAGACAUGUUGAACCAGUGUGCCAACGCGGUCAAAGACGCCAUGUCCACAGAACAGAACUCUGGAGCGCCUCUUGCCGCCGCCGAGCCUUUCGGCAUCACCUCGCUCAUUGCGCAAGACAUGCAUACGAAGCGCAGCAACGGUUACGCUUUUGAUAGCAAAAAGAUGACAGAGUUCGAAGGCGAGACCGGGGCUGCGCUGCAGCUACAUUACACCCGUCUUUGUUUGACCAUCAAGCAGCUCGGGGUUGAUCCCACCAAUCUCGAGGAGGUCGAUUACUCUCACUUGGAGGACGAGGAGUACACAAACCUUCUUCGGCUCAUGGCACAGUAUCCUGACGUUGCCAACGCCGCGUACAAGACACUUGAGCCGUCUGCUGUGCUGACAUUCCUGUAUCGGCUGGCUGAGCAGGUUGUCAUGUGCCUCGAUGACGACGAAGGAGAAGAUGAGGAAGAGGAGGAAGAAACGACCGAGGACCCAAAGCUUGACCUCGCAAGAGCCGUGCUGUAUGAGAAUGCGAGACAGGUGUUUGAGAACGGUAUGAAAGUACUCGGCAUCAGCCCUUUGGCAGCUUGA